GGCAGUUUCUUACAAUGUUUUUCGUCUCCGAGUUUUUGUUAAUAAAUUAGCGAGAAAAAAACAAAGUAAAUAAGGUAAUUGCAGGUGCUUAACAUUGCUUAUUAAAGGCGAAUACGUCCUUGUUUUCCUUAUCGCUUUGUUAUGACUAUAUUCGAGGUGUGAAAAAGGUUUCUGCGGAUUUGGUGGCCAUGGACUUGGUGGACAUUGAUCAGGUUUUGGACAAUCUGGAACUGCGCAUUGCCGCCGAUGAGCAGCUGAGUAGAAAUGCAGCAGCAGCAGCAGCUGCAGCUGCAAAUUCUGGCCGUUUUCUGGGCGACGGAGCAAGUGCAUCCAACAGUGGAGUUGGAGCUGGCGCAGGAGUAUCGGGAGCUGCGGGAGUAACACCAACACCGGCGUCUGGAAAGUCCUUUGUGGGCGUCUCCCAGGUCUUCAACAGCCUGGAUGACUAUAGGGAAAAUGUGAAGUCCUUGCAGGUGGAUGCCCAGUUACCCAGCUACGACUGGCAAACGGAGGCAGAACACGAAGACGACAUCCACAAGUUCAGCGAACAGGCGUCCAAAAAUAACGGCCAGGCGAUAGUAUCGUCCUCUGAAUCGCUGACCACCUCAUCCUGUUCCACAUUUUCGUCGGGUCCGUCGCCCGUGAGCAACGGCAGUCACUCAGAGGAGCUACCAACGCCCCCCGAAGACGAGAAAACGAGUGAAGUUCAGGUGGAGCCAAAGGAACAGGAUCAACCGCAGGAACAGAUCAAUCAUGAGGACCAGCAUCAAGAUCAGGCUGUUCCAGAGCCAAUGCAAUCCAAGCAAACUGUAGAGGAGUUAGCAGUGGGAUUGUCAUCCAUCUCCAUCACUGCUUCCGGCACAGAAUCGCAAUCCCUAUUGCCGGAGGAGGUCACCGCAUCGUCUGCUCUCGGACAGGUCCUCGAGGAGCUCUCGGAGGAAUCGUCGCCCAGUAGAGAACCCGAAACCGAAAUGACCAACGGCAUAGAUGUCCCAUUGGCCAAUUUACAAGCAUCUGUUGCGGAAGUACCGGUUCCAAAAGAGAAGGAGCAGCCAGUGCAAACGGAAGAAGAGGAUGUGGAGCUGCCGCAGGAGCAGCAUCCCAGGCGGAGUCAACCAUUGACCUUCUGCUCAACCAUGGACGAGAUCUCCGACACUGAGCUGGACAGCAUGCUGCAAGAGAUGGACGCAGAUGACAACCAGGUGGGGGAUCAGCGAAUGCCCGAGGAUGAGAAAUCCGGCUCCGUCUCACCAGUGACCGAGGAGGAGUCGGUGCGGAUUCUAUCCGAUGAGCAGGAGACAACCUCCAACGAUCAGAUGAACGUGGACAACUUUUCGCAGGCCUCCACUGUGGAGUUUGCUGAUCUAAAACAGCCGGAGUCCACACCAGUUACCGCGAUGGGAGAAGAUGUAGCCUCCAGUUUCAGCAGCACGGAAUCGGAUUCCCUUUCGGGCAGGAAACUAGAUGGCGAAGAGGAGCAGGAGGUCGAUCGAGAGCAUGAAGAUGCCAGCCUGGCCACGGAUGCCCUGGAAACCCAAGAGCAGCGCCCCCAGCGACCACAAACACUAAAUUUGAAUGGUUGCCAGGCAGAAAGUUCCACCCCAUCUCAAGAUGAAAACCCCGAAAUUCAACAGGAAGCUUCGCAGCCUGCCGAAGUCAGUGAAGGAGCAGCCGGAGUAGGUGUAAUACCCGGCGAGGAUGACGAGGAAAGUCCCAUCUACGAAGCUGUCGGCUACAGCGAUCCGCAUGCCAAUCUGGGCAAGGUGCCACCCAUAUGGGUGCCGGAUAACAUGGCCGGGCAGUGCAUGCAAUGUCAGCAAAAGUUCACCAUGAUCAAAAGGCGUCACCACUGUCGCGCCUGCGGAAAGGUCUUGUGCUCUGUCUGCUGUUCGCAACGAUUCCGUUUGGAAUUCGCCACCGAACCCGAGUCGAGGGUCUGUGUGCAGUGUUAUAUGAUUCUCUCUGAGCGGCAGGCUAAUGGAUUGAAUUCUGAGUCAGCACCGGGUUCGGCGUUGCCGCCCACUCCCAUGCGUUCGCCAAACCCAAACAAUCCAAUGGAAUAUUGUUCUACAAUACCACCACACCGUCAGGUGGCCUCCUCACCGGGAGCUCCGCCACCCAGCGUUAUUGUGCCGGUGGGUGUGUUGAAGAAGACCGAUGGCAGCUCCUCCAACUCCUCCAGUUCGGAUGGCCAAAAGGGCCAAAGAAAGCGAAAGAGUGUUAUGUUCAGUGACGGCAUUGCGCCUGGCAGCGAACUGGCCAGUACCAUGGAGCAGCAGUGGGGCGAGUCCAAGCAGGCUCGAAGGGGACUAUCCAGGAGUGGCUCGGGAGCUGGUCAGAAGCCACCAACGCCUGCGACAGAAGAGCCACCUCGCAGUAUUGACACUAGCUCUACAUUGGGCCUAGUGGCACAGCUAUUCCGCGGUUCCAUUCCACCAAGUGCAGCGGCUGCCACAUUAUCGGCUACCGAGUCAAGCGCUGGUCGCUCCUCAUCCCAAUCGCAGGCACAGACCUCGCCGCGUCGCAAAGCGGAAUCAUCACGGAAUCGCAAACUACCGCCAAACGGAGAUGCCCAAGGCUGCUAUCUGCCGCCCGAGGAGAACGGCCUGCCCCCCAUUUGUAUAAGCAGCAAAGAGGGCGGUGAGGUGGACUACAAAGUGGUGCGCAACGAUGGAUCCCUUCUAGAUCGAUUGCAGAACGAAACGCUCAAGUUCAUUAUAAAGAACAACUUCUUUGUGCUGGUCAAGAUUGUUAACAUGAGCUGCUGUAUGAAUCGAUGGGUGCUGAACUUCACGACAUCCGGACUACAUCAUAUGGGCAGCGAUGAGUUGAUCAUUCUGCUGGAGAUUAAGCAACCCAAGCAAGAAGAAUAUGUGAAGGGGGAAGUCGCAAUUCCAAAAGAUUUGUUCCAGCACCUGUACGAGAUCUACGUGGAGGCGGAGCAUGCCCGGUCUGGCACCCAUGAGUUGGCUUUCACCAGUCCGCGAAAUGCCAAUUUUCUGGGUUCCCGGGAGCAUGGAGGAUUCAUUUUCAUUCGGCCAACGUACCAGUGCUUGCAGGGCGUUAUUGUACCAGACAAUCCGUAUCUGGUUGGCGUGCUCAUCCAUAGACACGAGGUUCCCUGGGCUAAGGUCCUACCUCUGCGGUUGAUCCUCCGCUUGGGUGCCCAGUAUCGGUACUAUCCCUGUCCAUUAAUCUCGGUGCGCGGCAGGGAGUCGGUGUAUGGAGAAAUAGCUCAAACUAUCAUUAACUUUCUGGUGGAUUUCCGCAACUACUCGUACUCUCUACCGGCCAUCCGAGGAUUAUAUAUCCACAUGGAGGAUAGGCAGACGACGGUGAUUAUUCCAAAGUACCGCCAGCAGGAUGUAAUUAAGGCAAUCAAUAAUGCCAGUGAUCAUGUACUGGCUUUUGCUGGCAACUUCUCAAAAGUGGCCGAUGGUCACUUGGUUUGCAUGCAGAAUAUCAACGACGACCGAUCCGAGAUGUACUCCUACUCCACGCAGGCGAUUAACAUUCAGGGUCAGCCCAGGAAAAUCACUGGAGCUAGCUUCUUCGUGCUAAAUGAAGCCCUCAAGAGCACCAGUGGCUUGUCGGGAAAGUGCAGCAUCGUGGAGGAUGGCCUAAUGGUACAGAUUAUGCCUGCCAAAAUGGAGGAAGUGCGUCAGGCGUUGCGCAACCAAAACGACAUCGACAUCGUCUGUGGCCCCAUUGACGCCACCGACGAUCAGAGUGAGAUUGUGAGCAUUAAGUGGGUGGACAAUAAUCGUGACAUCAACGUGGGUGUUAAGUCACCCAUUGAUGACCAGCCCAUGGAUGGCAUCUCAAACAUGCGCGUGCUGAAAUGGGCCAGCUUUAACUAUUCCAAUACCAACUAUGCCAUCCGCCUAAGUGAUAUCUACAUUAUAAAGUGCGAGGACUGGUAUGCAACAAAUGGUGGAAACUGUGAGGAGAUAACUCGGAUUGCGGAGCAACUGGCUCGCAGUGCCUCGAUGGCCCUGCUGCCACUUCUGGAUCUUCUAGCAGCUGCUGGCAUUAAUAAGCUUGGCCUAAGAGCCACGCUCGACCAGGAUAACGUGGGCUAUGAAGCCGGAGCCCGUGGCUCCAAGCUGCCGCCGCUGUACAUGAACGCGCUGGACAACCAUCUGAUAGCCACGUUGCAUGGCGAAUCCUCCGGUAUUCAAGAGCCCAUCAUUCUCGAGCUGAUCUUCUACAUACUGAACGCUUGACUUUAGUCCGUCGUAGUGCAAUUCUCCCGCUGGAUCCGAAGACCAAACGGAAACAUUCUUAACUCUAAGCUCGACGCGAUCAAAGCCUACGACAACUACACGAGCCCGUGGGGCAAGAAAUGAGGACAUGGUGGUAUUGUUGGAUGGCUCAGUUAACUGUGUAUAUAUUUAAGUAGCUCAUCGAUUGGUUUUUGUCUAUACAUUUCUAUCCCUUCCUAACCUUUCACUUCAACUGUUAUAUUAUUUCUGAUUUUUAUUAGUUUUGAGUUUUCACUGAAAGUAAAAGUAUCUAAGAAACCUAAAUAUAUAUAUUUGUAUGUGAUGUU